GUUGAAGUACGGAGCUCGCGUUGGUCCAAAAAGCCUGAACGCAUCUCCCUGGCAGCACCGCUCGGUCAGACUGACACCGGGAGACCUGUCGUGUCCUUUCACUCUGAACCAUGAGAGUCUUGAUUGGAGGAGGAUCGGGCUUCGUGGGCCGGGAGCUGUCCCGUCUGCUCAGAGACAAAGGUCACGAGGUCACAGUGAUAUCUCGCCAGCCUGGUCCAGGGAAAAUAACUUGGGGUGAGCUGGAGUCCCAUGGCCUCCCACCAUGUGAGGGCGCCGUCAACUUGGCUGGAGAGAAUCUCAUGAACCCACUGAGAUGGUGGAAUGAAAGCUACAAAAAAGAUUUGUUCUCCAGUCGCAUCGAUACGACCAAAGCUCUGGCUGAAGCCAUCGCUGCUUCGCCCACGCCCCCCCACUCCUGGGUGUUGGUGUCAGGUGUGGCUUGUUACAAACCCAGUUUGACAGACCAGUACACAGAAGACAGUGACUGGACGCCGUUUGACCUCCUCUCCAAACUCGUCAAAGAGUGGGAGGCGGCUGCGCUGCUUCCUGAGCCAGUGGCAAAAAGCACCAGACAAGUCGUCAUCCGGCCUGGGGCCGUGCUGGGUCGCGAUGGCGGCGCCAUGAAGCAGAUGCUGCUGCCCUUCUGGCUCGGCCUCGGGGGAACCCUGGGCUCAGGGAGGCAGCCGUUCCCUUGGAUCCACGUCUCGGACCUGGCAGGGAUCAUCGCCCACUCCCUGGAGCCCCUCGCCGACUCCCCCCCGCCGGCUACACAGGUGUUAAAUGGAGUCGCCCCUGCGCUGAUCACCAACUACGAGUUCACUAAAGAGCUGGGCCGGCUUCUGAGGCGACCCACCAUUUUCCCCGUGCCUGGCUUCAUCAUUAACGGCCUGAUGGGCUCAGAGCGAGCCAUCAUCCUCACACAGGGACAGAAGGUCGUCCCUCAGAGGACGCUAGAGGCCGGGUUCCAGUACAAGUACCCAGACCUGACCUCAGCCCUGAAGGAGAUUGUUGGGAGUUAAGGGAUUCUGGAAGAUUGUGCACUGGCUUGAAUUAUGUCUGUUAUCAUGCCUUCACAGUUAAUGAAUCGCACAUGGAGAGAAGAUAAAAUGUGUUGAAUGUGUUGGACACAUUUCUGUAAAUCGUUUCCUUCACAUCUAAAGUAACUAACAGCUUCCAAGAUGUGUUGGAAUCAAGUUUUACAACUUGCAGAUUUGCCCUCUGAGAUUUUGUAAUAAAAAACAUAUACACAGGAGACACAGUGGACAUCUUAACAAAGACGGGUGUGAUUGUGUCCUGGGAUCCGAUUGAUCCAGUUACAGUUUUCCCCGACAGAGCAGAACAACUUUUCCACAAAACCUCAACAAACCACAGAAACACACUUUCCUUGAUCACUUCACGCACCAAACUGUAAAUAUUCAUUCAUAAUUCUAUUCCAUAAUUUAAGUAAGAGAAGGUUAAUAUUCUUCUUUCUUAUCUCUGAUAUAUAUUGAAGAAUAGAAACAUACAGAAGAAUGAAUAUGUUUUUCCAUUCAGGGGAUUUCUAUAUGUCACAUUAAAAAGGUCAAAAGUGUCAACAACCUCUUAACUUCAAUAAACAAUAAGGUGGCUAAAGUA